AACGGAUGUUGAGCUUACAAUCGUAUAACAAGGUCAUAGAAGUUGUGUCUUGAUCGUGUAAAUGCAACUUUUCAUAUUAAAAAUACAAUCUAACUAAAAGUGAUGAAGAAUAGAACACUCAUACUUUUAUGGGCUACCUGUGUUUGGUCAACAGAGGUGAAUGCCGUUACUGAUCGUCCAAUAAUUGGAAUCCUUGCCCAGGAUGCAUAUGAAAUAUUCAGUAAGAAAGAUAACAGUUACAUUGUUGCAUCAUACGUAAAAUAUAUAGAAUCAGCUGGAGCAAGAGUCGUCCCCAUAUUUAUUAAUCAAACACGUGAUUACUACACAAACAUAUUUAAUGCCGUGAAUGGGGUCCUCAUCCCAGGUGGUGGGGCAAAUUUAGAUACAUCUGGUUAUGGAAAAGCUGGAAAAAUUCUGUAUAAUCUUGCAAUAGUGGCCAACCAGAAAGGGGACUACUUUCCAGUUUGGGGAACGUGUCUAGGGUUUGAAUUGUUGACUUACUUGGCAGCAAAUGGCACCUCAUGGAUGAAAUCAUGCUGGACUCAAGAUUUGGCUCUUUCUUUGAAAAUUAGUGAGGGCUAUAAAAAAAGUCGUAUCUUCAAAGCUAUUCCAUCUGAUGUAAUGAAGUAUGUUACUUCUCUACCAGUUGCAAUCAAUUAUCACAAAUGGUGUUUAACACCAGAGAAUUUCACAAAGUCUGGCCUGAAUGAAACAUUCCAGAUUCUCUCCACUAACAAAGAUACCACUGGAAUCACAUUUAUUUCAACUAUUGAGGCUUACAGAUAUCCAUUUUAUGCAAUAGCCUGGCAUCCAGAAAAAAACCUGUUUGAGUGGGUGAACACGAAAUCCCACCACAACAUUCCUCACACAGCAGAAGCUAUCCGAGUUGGACAGCAUUUUGCAAAUUUCUUUGUUGGAGAAGCUCGGAAGAACAACCAUAAGUUUCCAAGCACAAAAGAGGAAGCUUCUUCACUCAUCUACAACUACAACCCUGAAUAUGUUGGUAUUGAAGGCUCCAACUACCAGCAAGUAUUCUUUUUCAAAAGUGGUUUAAAAGCAACGAGUCCUUGACAGCCUUUCUUAUUGCUGGUCAGUUUUUUGUUAACACUAGACUUCAAAGUCUUAACUAAGUCAAACAAGCAAGAAGAUUCCAGAGUUAUUUUUUAAAAUUUUAAUUAAGAAAUACAUGAAUGCUGAUAUAUAAUUACAAUCAGAAAUAAUGUUUACAUUAACUUCUGUUGAUUUUAAGCUAUACAGCUUAGUUGAUAAUGAUGAUCGGUGUUAUUUACAACAAUUGAAAAUUUAGCCUAUAUAUAUAUAGUUCUUUAAAUAAAAAAAAUACUUGUUUUUAAUGUAUAGUUAUUAUCUUAACUUUCCGUAUAUGAUCUUCAUCAUUUUGACUGAUCUUGCCACUAGGCAACCAUGAAAGUAAACAUACUAUAACCUUUAAUGACGUAAAUGUAUCUAUGUGGAAUUUGGAAAGACUUUAGUAAAGAUUACAAGUCUAUAUUCACAAGAAACCAGAUUUUUUAAUUAAAUAUUUUUAUCAAAGAUUUUCCUGAAUUUAUAGAGUCGGAGACAGAGUGUAAGGCAAUUUUCAUAUUAAGAAUAAAAAAAAAUUUUUUUCACCUAUUGGUUUUAAAUUUCAUUUCCAUAAUCUCUAGAACCUGCUAAAUGAAUAUUAGAAGUUUUUCUUAAGUAAAUUUAUUUUAUCUGUAAUUUUCUCUACCAUAACAUUAUACAGACUUGUCCCAUUUGAUUGAUCUUGUAACCAUUACGUAACAAUAUGAAAUAAAUCCAAGUUACCUUUUCAUUUUCUAGAUUGACUGCAGAUUGUAAUAGAAUAUUAAAUCUAUUUAUCCUUAACACCCUCA